CCGCCCCCGCAAGUGGGCCAGGUGACGCUGCACGGCGAGCCCAUCGUGUCCCUCGUGAUGGAGGGCUGCGAGCGACUGUGCCUCGCGCAGAUCUCCAACACGCUGCUGCGCGACUUCUCGUACAACGAGAUCCACAACCGGCGCGUGGCCCUGGGCAUCACUUGCGUGCAGUGCACGCCCGUGCAGCUGGAGAUCCUGCGGCGGGCCGGCGCCAUGCCCGUGUCCUCGCGGCGCUGCGGCAUGAUCACGCGGCGCGAGGCGGAGCGGCUCUGCAAGUCGUUCCUGGGAGACAACUCGCCGCCCCGCCUGCCCGAGGACUUCUCGUUCCGCGUGCACCACGAGUGCGCCUGGGGCUGCCGGGGGCUGUUCCUGCCCGCGCGGUACAACUCGUCGCGCGCCAAGUGCAUCAAGUGCGCGCUGUGCGGCCUCUUCUUCUCGCCCAACAAGUUCAUCUUCCACUCGCACCGCACGGGGCCUGGCGCCAGGUACGUGCAGCCGGACGCGGCCAACUUCAACUCGUGGCGCCGCCACAUGCGCCUCAGCGGCAGCCCGCCCGAGGAGGUGGUGCACGCCUGGGAGGACGUCAAGGCCAUGUUCAACGGCGGCACGCGCAAGAGGCUGCUAGCCAACUGCACGCCAACCAGGCUCGCGGCUUCGAGUGCGUGA